AUGAACUUGACGAUCAUCCCAGCUCUCCUGCACACGUCCAUCCUAGGCCUGUUGACAGCAGCUAUACCGCUCAAGACAAUCGCCACAGCCACCGUGCUCGCGAUACCAUCCGAGUCGGACCAGAUUGUCGUUGAUCCAAGCGCGGUGCAGGCUGACAAGGCCAAGUCACUGCACGUAUUGGGCUUUACGAGUGGCGAAGACCUGCUGCUGUCAGAGAGCGAGGGCGCCUUCACGCCAGAGGAAUGGGCCAAAGUUCUCGAGACUGGCGAGCGCAUAUGCUGCCAAUCCGCAGGCGAGGACGUUGCCAUGGAGGGUGGGGAGGCGGAGGGGACCAGCAUACGGGACUUUAUCAGAUCGGUGAUGGAAACGAAAGUUGCAAAAGACCUGCAAUGGAAGUGA